CGCUGCUGGAUGAAGAGCUCUCCUCCUUCUUCUUCAACUAUCUCUCUGACAGUCAGGGGUGAAGAUCCACUUUUUUUCUGAUCCUCUGAUGAUGCGACAUGAAUGGUCAAGUGUGAGGGCACAGGGGAGGAGCACCUUUACGAAGAUUUCCAAGACCUUGACCUCUCCCAGUUGGAUGCCAGUGACUUGGAUUCUGCCAGCUGCUUCAGUGAGCUUCAAUGGGGCCCUGAGACAACUGAAAACGGGUUCAGCCAGUGUGGCACCUGCGGGGAAGACUCAGAACUUUUCCAGAUCAUAAGUGGUGAAAAUGAGGCCCUGUUGGCUGCACUCACCGAAAGCCUGGAUGAUAUCCAGGAAGAGGACAUGGGCUUGGCUGCCUUCCACACUCUGGAAGAUGGGGAUGUGCCCACUCCAGACCCCGCCUCACCCAUCCCCUCACCCAAAGCCAGUCCUGAUGCCCUGGAUGGCCUGCAGGCCCUUGGGGCUGAGGUUGAUGAACUUUCUCUGCUGCAGAAGCUGCUCCUCUCACCAUCCCACACUACUGCAAGCGUGGAGGCCCAAAAGGAAGGGGCCGUCCGGCGGCAAGGAGCAUCCAAGUCCAAAAGCCAGCGACCUUACCUCAAGAUGGAAACCCCCCAGGACAAGAAGUCCUUGCCUCCUCAGACUCAGAGCCGAAGCUACACUGAACUGCACAGGCAUCUCACCUCAGCUCCUUGCUGUCCUCGCACUAUCCCUCGGGCUCCAGACAGUGGAUGGCAGCAGCUGCCUCCCUCCCCACCAGCCCAGAGCCCUCGACCCCCCAUCAAGGAAGAAAGUGACUCGGGGGAGGAUUGCUUAAGCCCCAGGCUGGCCCACACCUCUUCACUGGCUUCCCCUAUGCCAUCUGAAGCAACUGCCGGAGACCAGUUUGCGUGUGCAGAGGACAUGCGUGCCGUGGUGGAGCUGAUCCGUUACAUGCAUACUUACUGCCUUCCCCAGAGAAAGUUGCCCGUCCAAGGCUUGGCAACCCCCCCUCAGCCCUGCAGCAACCCUUUCAAGAGAGCCAAGGCCGACUGCAUGCUACAAAAGGCAGCACCCUGCAAGAAUGAGGAGGGGAAGCCACCAGACAACCCAGUGCAGAGGCCAACAACCUUCCAACGUCCCAAAGCUUCCUGGUCCAAAUUCUCUAUCCUGAGAGAGCUGUUGGCUCAAGACCUCUUUUGUGACGUGAGCAAGCCCUACCGGCUGGCCAUGCCAAUCUAUGCUUCCUUAUCACCCAGCACCAAGCCCAGCCCCGGGUCCUCUGAGGAAAGCCAAAGACCCUCGUCAGAGAAGGCCUGUGAGGUACGGAUCAAGGCCUCCCCUGGGACCACAGAACCCAGGCCAAGCUUCAGGCCCCUGAAACUGGAAGUGAAGGAAGAAAUCAAUGCUCUUCCAGUGGCAAAGGAGGAAGACGAGGCGGGGAAAAGGGAGGCAAGAACUCGUGCACAGAGUCCACCUCUGUCAGCCGGGACCAAGGUGGGACGGAAGCCAGAGAGCUCUAUUUAUGCUGUUCGACGCUCCAAGAGACUGAACCCUGAACUAGGCCCGUGGCUUUCAUUUGUGGAGGAGGUGCCCCGGGGAGAGAGGGCAGACCCUUCCUCCCCUUGCCUGGACCCAGAGACCUAUGAUGCUGAGGUGGAAAUGGAGGCGGGCAACCUGGAGGAAGGCCAGAGUGUCUGUGACCAGUCCCAGCAGAGAGCAGCCCCGCUCCCUGCCCUGGAGAGCCCCAGCGAGAGUGGCAGUGGUGAGACGGAUGAGGACCACAGCUGCCCUCAGUUAUGCUCGAGAGAAACUCCCAGGUGCUUCACGCUGGCCUUGUCACAGAACGACCCUUCACUGGGGAAACGCAACUUUGACCAGGUGCUGACCGUGGAGCUCUGUGGGACGGCAGGUCUCACACCACCCACCACGCCACCCUACAAACCUAUUGAGGAAGACCCCUUCAAGCCAGAUGUGAACCAUAGGCCAAACAAAGAGGCAGCUCCAUCUAUCCCCUCCCCUGAGGGUCCCCGGCCUGUGGCAACUGCUAGAGGGUCCCAUAAGUCCCGGAAGAAGUAUCCUGAGCGGAGUGAGCUCUUGGCCCACCUGAGCCGAGCCACAGUUCAGCCAUCCCAGGUAGGCCAGAAGCGUCCCUUUUCCCGAUCCUUUGGAGACCAUGACUAUUGCCAGGUCCUCAAGCCAGAAGGAUCCUUCCAGAGAAAGGUGCUGAGGUCCUGGGAGCCCUCCUCAGCCCACACAGAGGACGGAUCCCAGUCCAGGGUGUCCAGGGCCGAUACACAAGGACUGAGCAAGGAAGGCGGCAACUGCAGAACUCCCAGCAAGGCCAGCAAGCCCCUGAGAGACCAUGAGAUCCGAGCCAGCUUAACGAAGCACUUUGGGUUGUUGGAUGAUACCUUGGAGGAGGAAGACCUUGCCUCGUGCAAGAGCCCAGAAUAUGACACUGUUUUUGAGGACAGCAGCAGUGACAGUGGUUUCCUCUUAGAGGAAGAAGAGGAUGAUGAGGACGAGGACCUCUGUGUCCAGUCACUCCCAUGUCAGCACUGCCUCCACCCAGGACCCUUCAGCAAGGCCAGCUUGCAUCACUGCUCCCGGAGCCGAUCUAGUUCAGGCUCUUCGUGCCACAGAUCAAGGUCGCCAGCAAACCGGAGGACUUUCAGAUGUGGAAGCAAGGAACAUUGUGGAGAAGGAAGCCCAACUGUCCAGCAUAUUGAGAAGAGGAGAGAAAAGGCCAUUCAGGGAGAAGGCCGGGUGGUAUACAUUAGGAACCUCUCCAGUACCAUGAGUUCCAGUGAGCUGAAGAAACGUUUCGAAGUGUUUGGUGAGAUUGUAGAGUGUCGAGUGCUGAAAAGGAACAAAAGGGGUGAGAAAGAUGGUUUUAUUACCUAUCGGUGUUCAGAGCACGCAGCCUUGUCCCUGAGGAAUGGUGCAGCCCUGAGGAAGCGCAACGAGCCCUUCUUCCAACUGAGCUACGGGGGACUUGGGCAGUUCUUCUGGACCAGAUGCACUAACUUCGAUUCCAAUAUAGAAGAGGCCUCCCCGGCUUCGGUGAAAAACAAGUAUGAAGCCAUGGAUUUUGACAGCUUGCUGAAGGAGGCCCAGAGAAGCCUACAUCGAUAACAGCCUUAAUCCUAGAGGAAUACCUCAAUACCUCAGUCAAGGCCCUUCCAAUAUGUUUACGUUUUCAAAGAAAUUAAGUAUAUGAAAAAAGAGAGCGAAAGAGAGAGAGCGAGAGCGAGAGAGAGAGAGAAAGAGAGACUGAGACUGCUGUCCCUUUAAAUCAAUGUUUACAUUGAACAAAGCUGCUUCUGUUUGUGAGUUUCCAUGGUGUUAAUGUUCCACUGCCACACUUUAGUAUCCUUGCUUCAGACUGGUUGUUUCAGUGCAUCUGUAAGCAUUCUGCCACCCAGCCCCAGUUCUCCUAACCCUCUACCCAUCCCGGUUCCCAUUGUGGAGUUGCAGCUAUGUUCCCAUCACAUUUUCUGUCUGUAGUGUGUGAUGAUAAAAACGUUACUUGUGAAUAGAAUCAGGACUAUAAACUAAUUUUUAAUUGCAGAAAAAAAAGUAUGUACUUAAAAUACCAUAUUUAUGGCUCAGAUGUACUGUACUUCGAACUAAUUCAUUGUGCCGCUUCCUGGAUCUCUUAACUAUGCACUGUAAUGAGGUGCUUGCCACUGUGCUGAUGGACUCCCGGCUGACCCUGGGAGGGAGGGAAGGAAGAAAAGAAGGAAGGAGGAAAAGCAGGGAGGGGUUGGAUCCAUUGGACUUCAUCUCCUCCCUGAAGCGGGAGGCUGGAUGGACAUUUGUGUGAAGCUCCAUCUGUCACCAGCCCAUCUUCCAACCCUCAUCCUUCCUCAUCCCAGUCCUCUCCAUCUGUCCGCCCAACAUCAUCCCAGCCCACAGUGUUGCAUUGGCUACUUUGGGUGGCAGAACCACAGCCUCCAGAGCAAUGGCUGAAGGUCCAGGAUGAGACUGUCCAAAGUCGGGGAAGUUCAGAGUAAGCCUCUGAGUUGUGCAGUUUCAAUCACAAUUGGACUGGGUUGGCUACACUAUACAUUUGUUGUUAUGCUCAGUUGUCUCUGGCUCUUCAUGACCCCGUGGACUAUACCAUGCCAGUACUGUCCAUGGGGUUUCCUUGGCAAUGUUAUACACUCCUGUGGCAUAACAGUCCAUUCUGAUUCUCAUUUGCCCUCCUGGUUGAGCUACCAGACAAGAAACUGUACCAAAUUUCCAAUAACUACCAACCCAGCGAUCCCUGACAGUUGAAGAGCACUUAGAAACUUUAAGCUGCUACCAGUAACGAUACUUACUGAAACUGCCCACUCCCAAUGAGAGAGACGGUAUGAUGUAGUAGGGUAAGAAAGCUGCCCUCCAAGCCAGGAAGACUCCAGUCCAACUCUGACACAUACUGGCUGUGUGAACCUAGACAAGUAACUUGACCUCUUGGCUUUAGGCAAAUCUCUAAAGCUCUAAGUUUCAGAGAAAAUAAUGGCCUGCAUUGGCAGAGGGAAACUCCUCACCCAGGAGUUCCUUUUACUAAUACAAUUACAGGUCCGGUCCGUACCCCUAUCCUCUCCACCUGCAGUUUAGAUACUGGGCUUUUGUUAAGAGCAGAUAUUAAUCCGUGGCCCUCAAGUGAAAACAGGUCAUGCAGCCAUCCCAACCAUGAGACAUGUAAAUUUGUUCACAGGUGGCAGAAAGAAUCCUUUGGGAAUUGGGAGCUAAUUUUGUAAAUAUUGUCCAAAGAGCUUGGCUAAAGAGCAUGUCUUAUGAAUAUCUGAGAAGAUCCUAGCCACAAAAGAGUCAAGUGGGAAGAGGGUCUUGGAGGAAGUUUGCGUCAGUUGAGACAGUGCUGCCCCACUUCUUAUGCCUAGUCCCCGAAAAUCUUUAGUUACAGCCAGGGUCCUUGUGAACUGGCCCUAGCCAUGAGGCUGUUGUUGUCUGGAUUCCAAGAGGCCAUGAGCAAGUACAUUUCAGAAACUCAAGUGGCAUGGGGAAUGGUCUCUGCAGAGGCCCUGUGUUCUCAGCGCUCUCUCAUCUCCCAUCCAUCACGCAGUCCAGAAGUUGAGAGUUUUACCAGGCCAGAAAUCACAGCAUCAGCUCAGCACUGCCCACAUUAACUACCUCUUCUACUGGGCCAGUAGCCAGCCUGGGGAAGGAGGGUUCCCAAAAUAUAGAACCAAUCAUGUUCAAGUCCAGUUAUCACAGUUCUGGGGUGACUAUAACUCUCAUGGCAGGUUUUACUCAAGCUUCACAUAGGAAACUGUUGCUAGCUAAAUGUGCUCAGUUCUUGUUUCUGGCAUGAUCUAUAAAAGUUUGCCCUGACUAAUGUCAUUUCAUGAUUACAUGUUUUUAAUAUGUUAAUUAAAAUCUCCUGUGACAUUGACUAUUGCAAUAUAACAAUUUGAAACAUUGUUCCCGUAGCAUCAGCUGCUUCCUGGGAUGGCAUUUCACCUGAUGCCAGGAAAACGGUUCAGAGAACCAAUCGAUUGAACAUUAGGCAGAGUACAGAUUCCUCCUGUACUUUGAGGUGGGGUAGCUAGGAUCCUUGCAGGUAACAUUACAAUAUUAACUCAUCCAUAGAGAAGGGAGGAAACCCAUAGUGGGUAGGCUUUUCUGAAUCACCAUCACAAUCCCCCUUUAUUCCAACUGGAGCCAAGUAGCACUUUCUGAGACAGAGCUACUUGGAUUCUAUAGAGUGGAACAUGUGACAUUCUAUCAUGGGCUGAUGGUGUUCCUUGAGUUAGAGUCAUUCGCUUUUCCAUGAGACUAACAGGCAUUCACUCUAGGAACAGCCCUCUGCUGCCGCUGCCUGAGAUGUUAAGCAGCUAAGGAGGAAGCCACUUUUUCCAAUGGAAAGACCUUACCCUAAUCUGCUAGUCAGCCUCAACUUCCCCAUCUAUUAAGUGAAAAGAUUGGAGUAGAUGAUCCCCAUGGCCCCUUCCAGGACCAGUGUUCUCUGUUCUAAGUUCCCUUCUAGCUUCCACGUUGUCUAAUUCUAUCAUUUAAGACUCCUCCUCUCCCCUCUCCCCCCUCCACUCCCAGCCUGUAACUUAUGGCUGUGAUUCCUGUGAACAUGUACAUAUUCCUGGGGAGAGUCUCCUUCUGACCUCAGUGUGAAAGAAAUUGCUGAGAACAGGUUUGUGGGGGAGGGAAUUAAAAAGAGAAACCUGAGACUGAGGUGAAUAGUGAAGGGGAAGCCCCUGACCUCCAGAUCUUUUUUUUUUUUUAGUAAUUAAGUUACUUGUUUCUCUGUGUUCAAGGACUAAUUCUCAAGUCGUUUCUGCCUGCCAAAGUAUAGUCCUCUGGGCUCCCUGCUCAUCAUUGUGACUCCAUCAUGUCCCCAGAUAUCCUGAGUUUAUGUGCUUCCCACAAAAGGCCAGAGCCUGGUACCUCUCCUUGUGGUCAACCCUUCCCAGCCUCCUCCCCUCCAAACCUCCAGCUGGAACCCAGAGUGAGCAAGCCUCUUGCUGCCUUUGGCCACCACCUCAUUGUAGCUUUGCCUUUUUCCUAUCCUCGUAUUUUCUCCCUCCCCACAAUGAUGUUUACAUGUGAUUGCCAUAACAUCGCUUUGUGUGUACUGUGUCUGAUAGCCUUCCUCACCCCCAUCUAGGAAUGGGCAGUGCUAUCCGUCUCUGUGCUGUGCUGAUGUUUAAAAAAACAAAUCAAAACGCAGUCAAACCGCUAAGUGGAAUUCUUCCAUCUCCUUCCUCAGCACAAGGCUGAAUCAAAGCUCACACCUGGGCUCUGGUUAUAGAAGGAAAAUGCAUCAAAAAUGUGAAACUUAUGAAUGGAUUGAGUGCAGCUAAGGGUCCAUCCAGGGUAUCUGCCUCUGCUUUAGAAUCUCAUAGAGCUGUAACGCAGAUGGAGUUAGGGCCUAGUACAGGCUUAGGAAAGCAACAGUGCCAUCACUAGUGCAAGAGGAAAGAAGGUCCCAUGAUUCAAAGACUCAAUACUCAAAUCCUAAUACAGGAAGAAAUGCAAUAAGUGGUCUUUUUAAUGCCUAGAGCCUAUAAAAUAGUUUUGAGAGAUUUCUCCAAGACUUAUGCAAUAUGCACACUGGUGCCCAUGGGGAGGGUGGGCCACUGGGGGCCCAGAGGCCUGAAGGUCAGCAGCUAGGGUCCUGCUGGAGGAACCUGCCUAUCUGGGGUUGACCAUGGACAGAAUAUUUCUUUGGUUGCUGCCGCUAUUGUACUUGAAGCUUGUCCUGGAGACUUUGAAAGACUGAAUAUUGAUGAUGAUGAUAAACUAAAGCACAGCCAUCCCCAUAUGCUUUGUUAAUAGUGCUGGGUGCUAGAACAAAGGAUCCCCUGGUAGCUGCUCCCAUUGAGAUGGGGAAGCUUUCCUAAGCUUGGAAAGCCAGAGCCCUCAGGGGAAGGGAUUGCAUGUAUAGGGAAGGUAGACUUCCACAUUUUCUUGGCCAAAAGAGUAAGGCCCCUCUCUGUGCUACACUGACCAGUGUGGGGAAUCAGUAACAUUGUGCAAUAUGUUGGAUCUUGUCUCCCAAACUCUUUUUGCAUUUCAAAGGAAAAAUUGACUCAACUGGUCCUUGCUGAGUCUGGAACAAUAUUGUAAACAACAACUCCAGUUUCUAUAGCACUUUACAAUUUACGAAGCAUAUUUCUCAUGGUGACCCUGUAAAGUAGAAAGUGCAAUUAUUAUCUCCCAUUUUGCAAAAGGGGUAAUUUGAGGCUCGUAGAGGUUAAGUGAUUUGCCCAAGGUUAUUGGCAGAGCUGAGAUUCAAGCCCAAGUUUCCUGACUCAAGGUUCACGGUCUUCCUCCAGCACCACUGCCCAGGAGAGCUCAAAAGAAAGCCAGGAGCCUUAGCGUGCCGCUCAAGUACCGUUUGUCUGAUAACUCUCAAUUUUGGAGCCCGAUCACUUUGAGCUUUGGGGUGUAGACAUGGGAUGACUUUAUAUUAAGCCAGUAGGUCACUUCGAUGAAAACGCUAAUUCAAGGAAGGUUCUAUCUGCUUCUUUGUCAGUACAAAGAGGUAACUCAGGAUGAGGAAAGAUGCUGCCAGGUGAGUGCCAGUGGAGGAAGGAAACGCAGGGCUAGAAGCCACCUCAUUUAGAAGAUGUAUGAAAGGAAAACCACACUUGUUUGAGCACUUUGUCCGAUUUCUUUGCAAGAGUGGCCAAAAAUAGAAUCUAGAAACAAAAGGCCACACCACGCCUAGUCUCAUCACAAGCCCAGUAAAUUAGAAGAGGUUAAGGAGUUUGAAAAACAUUUCACAUAAAGCCAACCUCUCUGUGAGAAAACACUCUUUUAUGAAACUGCUGUCUUUACUAUAUAGCUGAGUGACUUCCCCUCUGUGGGACUCAGUUUAAGCCCUCUGUAAAAUGGUUGCAGCAGGGGAUGGGGCAGGGGUAGGGGUGGAGAGGACUAGAUGAACCCUAAGAUUCUAUCCUGUUAGUCUAUCAUGUUAUUAUGUUCUUCACUGCCUUCCGCAGCUGUUGGUAGCCCAAGCCAUAGUGAGGUAGGAUAGGUUCCUACCUGCUUUUUUUAAUCUAGUUUUUAGCCACUGGGCCAUUUCCAACCCUCAGAAUGAAUACUCUCGGUGAGUCAGUCAGCCGAGAUGCAGGGAACCAGUUAUUUUUACUCCUGUAUGGAGGAGGCCUCCUCAGAGCUUAAGCCAUAGACUCUUAAAGGAUGAUGUGAGAAGAUGGCAUUCAGAGAUGCCUGCCUGGGAAUCAGGGCUUCUCUGCAGUGAAUGCUUUCACGGGAAGGGUAUAUCCAGACAGCUUUUGCUCUCUCUUCAUACUGCAUGCACCUUGGGAAAUUUUCUCCAUUAGGAGUUUGCUUGUUUGAAAAAACUGCAUAGUUUAGCAAGAUUUUUCAGACAUUGCUUGAGAUGACUAGAAAAUGUACAGAAAAGUCAUAGGUGGAAUGUGAUGGUUCAUCAAUUAUGCUACCCGUGUUAGUAGGUUUUAAUAAAGAGGAAACAUUUGUCUGGUGCAGACCUAGACAUGGGCUUCCUUCUCCUUCGCCAUCAAACGUGGGCCCUUAUCUGUAAAUUAGGGGCAGGAGGGGGACUGGACAUGCAAUGUAGAGCUGGAAGGGACCUUACAGAUCUAGCCCAACCCCUUUAUUUUAAGGGGUUUUAAGAUGCAGAACCAGAGGUCUAGAGAGAUUAAAUGACUUGUCCCAGGACAUACAGGUAUUAAGGAGCAAAAUUAGGAUUUACACCCUGGCCCUCUGGACCACAGAACAGGUGCUCUUUUCAUUAUACUAGAUUUUCCCCUCAAGAGACAAUGCAGCAUAGUAGGUAGAGGGCUAGCCUUGGAAUGAGGAAAACCAGGGUUCAAACCCUGCCUCACAUAUGCUAGCCAUGUGACCAUGGGCAAGUCUCCAUAUACCAGUGCCUCCAAAAAGCUCACUGAAGCUCUGAGUUACAGAUGAAAUGCCAAUCGACAUCAGUCAGGAGAUCCUGGCACUGAUGACCUUAUAAAUCCAGACCAAAAUGAAAACCAAACAAAAAUUCUUAGGUCCCAGCUUUUAAAAAUCCUUUGGCCCCUUGACUUUGAAACACAGGAAGACCUUACUUCUCAACUCUCCACUCACCUGAGGAGGCCUAGAAAUCACUCAUGUGUCACUUUUCCUGGAGUUGUGAUCAGCUCAUGGGCAUUUUCCAUCGGGCCUGCCUCUUGGAAAUUAGGUAACAUUUUUGCCUUACUAAAGUGCCUGGCACAUAGUAGGCGCUUAAUAAAUGUUUAUUGACUGAGAAGGCCCAAAGUGGAUAGAUGCAGGGUAUGUAAUGUAUUUGGUGGGUGGGGGGCGGGGAGGUGGGAAUCCACUUUCUCCCUUUUGCUUUCUGUCUGAGGACGGCAGAGCCCAUUAUAACACUAGUUAUCAAAGGCCCUAGAAAUCAUCCCCUUUGUAGACUUUCCGUGGAUUUCAUUAUGUUUUCAAUUGCACUAAAUACCACUGUGGACAUGGGGGACCAAGCCUGAACUGAACCUCCAUAGAGUGAGUCCAUGGUAUAAGGAGCAGCUUUCCCAAAAAGUACGAUACCAGCAAGUCUAACUCCUGGUAUCCUUAGGGUAACCCCUCUGCACAGCUCCCCUGUCCCUCAAAAGAGGGAAGGAAAUAAGGGAUGAGGUGGGAGCUUAAGGCUUCUCCAAAACUAAGCAGGGCCAGGCCUGCUCUUUCCCAUGUCCUGGAAAGCACUUGAGCACAUAGUAGGUGCUGAAUGAAUAUUCAAUUACAAUGGAGAAGAUGAAGGAGUUUUUGUAUUUAAAUAGCUUUUCAAAUGCUUUCAGGUUAGGAAUAAAAAGUCAUAAAAUAGCCUACCAAGAAGGCUUUGGGAAUCCCAGAGAGUGUCUUGAUGAGGGCAUUUGGUAGAAAAGGAGAUGGUCCACUUGGUUUUCUGGGCAGCUUAUCCUAGGGGGAAAGGGUCCUAUAGUGUCCCAGGUUAGGGCAGUCUUCCUAAAUCCUUAGGGAGUUCUGCUCACCAUCCCUUCCCACUCCUCCCAACCAGCCUUGCAUCCUAAGGUUAGCUCUGAAAUCUUCACUGGGGCCUCCUAGGCCCCAACCCCCAGGAACUCUGACUCUGAUGGAAUAAUGCUCUCUGUCUAUAGGUGAGCCUUAAUCCCUGGCUCUAGGGGUCAGGUGGCAGCUUAGCUCAGCCCAACCUUGACAACCCUCAGCAAUAUUGAGCUAAGGGAAGCCUUUAUCUUUCCAUCAUGGGCUAGAACCUGGGGAUGGUUCCAUGAGCUCAGAUCCCCAUCCCUGCAAAAGGGCACAGUUUGGGGCAUUAUUGAUCAGGAAGCUAGGCAAGGUAAAUGCAGCAAAGAGUGCCCAUGCAUAUGUGUGUGUGUGUGUGUGUGUGUGUGUGUGUGUGUGUGUGUGAGAGAGAGAGAGAGAGAGAGAAAUUCAGUUGAUGCAUUUCUUGAGAAAGGUGCAAGAAUUUCACCUACAGAGGGACACAUCUGCUUUGUUAUUUAUAAUAGAAAGCUCAAUUUUAAUUUUGUAAAAGACACCGCUAAUGAUUGAGAAUCAAGUUUUUAGUUUUGCUAUUUUUUUUAAUUGGUAGAGGUUUUUAUAUAUUUUCCCGCUUCUGUUGGGAUGUGUCCUUAUUUAUAUAAUAUACUUUAACCUUCAAAGGCAAGGGACUCCUCUGCCUCUCAGUGUUGUUGGUGUUAUUGUUGUUGUUGUUAUUUUAUUUCUAGUGUGAUUUACCUGUCUACCUUCUAAAUGAGAAAACGUUUCCUUGUAUUUUUACAUUGUCAGAUUCUAUAGUUUCAUAGAUAAUUUAACCAAAUUGCUCUGUGUAUUAUUAUCCCGUGAGUAUAAAGUUCUAUUUUAACUUCUGUAAAUACUUCAGAACGGGCUUCUUUUUUUCAAACUCCAGCUGUGGAGCUAAUUGUUUACAUCACAAAGACUGUAGAAUCUCUUUGCUCAUGUACUGUAAAUAGUGACGUGAUCGCCUAUAAAUAAACUAUAACAAAUACACUACUGUGUUUAAAAACAAUACAAAACACAUGGACACA